UCGUCAUGCAUAGAUUUCCACAUCCGCCAUCAUUGUUGUUUUUGUUUUGAGGACAGAUUGCAGACGAAUAAAACUUUCCAGAAAAUAAGUUAUAUUGAACGAAAUGUCUUCACCAAGCCCAGGAAAGAGAAGAAUGGACACUGAUGUUGUGAAGCUUAUUGAAAGCAAGCAUGAGGUGACAAUACUAGGAGGAUUGAACGAGUUCAUCGUGAAGUUUUAUGGACCUAGUGGAACUCCAUAUGAAGGAGGAGUGUGGAAAGUGAGAGUAGAUUUACCAGAGAAAUACCCUUUUAAGUCUCCCUCUAUUGGUUUUAUGAACAGGAUAUUUCAUCCCAAUAUAGAUGAAGUAUCUGGCUCUGUAUGUUUAGAUGUCAUUAACCAAGCAUGGACUGCUUUAUAUGAUCUGUCCAAUAUCUUCGAGUCUUUUCUCCCACAGUUGUUAACUUACCCUAACCCUACCGAUCCACUUAAUGGUGAUGCUGCCUCAAUGUAUUUACAUAAACCAGAAGAAUACAAGAAGAAGGUUGCAGAAUAUGUAAAGAAAUAUGCAACAGAAGAAGCAUUAAGAGAACAUGAACACCAGUCAUCAUCUAGUGAAAGUUCUAUGAGUGAUUUCUCAGAAGAUGAAGCUCAAGACAUGGAACUGUAACCAUAGCUUUGUCAUAAGAUUUCAUCAUCCCAUAUUGCAUCAGUUCUAAAUUUAACACCAAGUGAAAGUGAAAAUGCUGUUUAUUGCUUGUCCCCCUUGUUGCUUCAUAUAAUAUGUUGUUUGUUGUUGUUUAAGAUGGUGAAUUUAUUGAUAGAUGGAAAGAUUAUUUUCAGCUGUUAUUAUGACAAUGUGUGUAAAAUGUUUUUUGACAUCUUAUUGGAGCAGGCUUCUCCAAAUUCAGAUUUUUUAUACACGAACAAGGUUUUUUCCAUUCCAUUACAGCAUUGUAAUAAGGAAUUUUUGGUUUGUUGCUAUUCACUUUGAAAAAAUUUAAGUUAUUGUGAAUGGUUAACAAUAUAUUUAUUUUUCUAUUAAACCAACUUCCACCAUUCUUAUUUGAGAAAUAAACCAACAUUUUUUGGACACUAGGGUAUUAACAGUUAAACCUUCACAAAUCAUAUAAAUUCCUAUAUAGGAAAGCUCUUUAUAAAACAAUAAUAAUUUCUGAUAAUUGCACAAAAAUGCAUAUUUUUUAUAAUGAUGGAACUAACUAAAAAAUUCCCUGUUAUUUUAAUCCAUCAAUAAUAAACAUAAAUUGUGCUUUGAAAACAUUCGUACCAUUUUUAAUGAUAAACAAGGGGAUGUUAUCUGACCUGGUGUUAUUUUUAGAACAUGUUAACCUGGGAAAUUGUUAUGCAGGUCUUCAGGAAAUGUUUUGAAUGAAGUAUAAUUGUAAUACGAAAUGUAAGAUUCUUACUCCUUUUAAUAUUCUUAUAUUUUAGUUCAUAUCUAACAACAAAACCUGGAAAAUUGAGUUGUUUAUAGCAGUCUUAAAAAAAAAAUUGAAAUAAUAAUGUUUAAUAUUUCUGUAAAUUUUCAAAUUCUGAGCACAGUUAGCAACAUGUUUGUGUCGCUGUACAUCAAAGUUGUAGGAAAAAAGAAAACAUAGGGAUAACUUAUGUCAUCUUGGGUCAUCGUCAUCCACGUCACACUUUAAUAAUGGGGGUUUCCCAUACCAAAACAACCUUGAAAAUGGCACAACAAUAUUCCACCAAACUUACACAAUACACAUAUUCUUCUACAGGAUAUGAAGUCGUGCAUCUUCUAUUUGAAUUUUUUAAUCUGAGUGAUUUUGAGGUUUCCCCUUACGAAAAACAUGGAAUUCACCAUUUCUAGUUAUAUUAUUUGGUGAUUGACAGGCAUCACAUGCCUUCCUUGGAAGACUCGCACAUUUUUUUGAUGCAAACACUAUAUUUUAUGUGUGGCCUAUGUAAGCUUUGAUGGAUAGUAUUAAAUUUCUUCAUUUGAUAUAAUUAUGCUGUGAUAAAUGUUUUGAACUAGUGCUUUGAAAUGUCCCCCAAAACUUAAAACUGUUAAAAGAUUUUUGUCUUUCAACUUUGCAAAGUAACGUACAUGUUCAAUUGCAAAAUUAACUUUGUAAUUAUUAGAAUAAAACAAUCAGGUGUUGAAAAGGGUAGAAAUAAUUUCAACUUUAAUAUUUUCUUAUUUGAAAGUUUAAACUUUAAACUUGGAUUUUUACAAAGUUUUAUUAGUUAAUACUGUACCUUUAUCUUUUAAUUUUAAUGAAAUGAAUUUUUAUGAUAUGUAGACUUUUUUUCAGUAUUUUUGUCUAAAUUUUGAUGCAUAAAACAACAAGAGAAAUUAUUGAAUGAAAUAAUAAUAGUAAUAGCAUUUAAUAGUGAUGUAUUGGAUAGGGCAAAUAUUGCUUAUUUUAUUUUUACUGCACUUAAUUUGAACAAAUACAUGAAGAUAAAAUUUAAGGAAUGACAAAAAUUUGAUAUCAUUUAAAAAACACUUUUUUUCCAUAAUUUUUUUUUAGUAAGUUUUAACAAAAGAUUAUGUAUUGAUAAAAUGUUAUUAUGCGCUAACAGUGUAACAUUGAUCUCUUUACAUAACAGAUUGAAUCACUCAAAUUUGGAAGAAUGAGGAUUUGACCGCACAUAUAAAGUUUGAUAUUAGUAAGAAGAAAUGAAAACAUUUGAAUUGCGAAUUUGGUUUGUUACAAUAUUGAUUCCCAGGUUUUUUCUCUCAUAUGUCACUUCACAGAAAGCUGUUCUGUCUAAUUGUUAAAAUUUUCAGUCUUUUGGUUUGAUAUUAAAAAGCUGUGUCAGUUUUUACAUAACAAUUUUAUAAUUAAAAAAGGUAAACAAAGUUAUAUUGUAAUGAUAAUCGUUAAAUAUUUGAAUACUAUGCCAGAACUUUUAUUUAAGUGGAAGUUUGAGCCCAUACACAAUUUAAGCAAAACUGUUAGAUUCUGAAAAUAGGGUUCUUUGAAAAUUAGAUUCUUAAAUUAAGGUUCUUUGACAUUAGAUUUUGAAAUUAAGGUUCUAUGAUUAAGGUUCUUUGACAUUAGAUUUUGAAAUUAAGGUUCUAUGAUUAAGGUUCUUUAACAUUAGAUUCUAAAAAUAAGAUUUCUUGACAUCAUAUUCUGAAAACAAGGUUCUCUGACAUUGUAUAUGGAAAAGGGAAAAUAAUGUUAUAUCUGCUUGGAUUUAUGAAAAAAGAAGACUGUUAUAUUUUCUUUAGGAUUUAAAUAGAACUGUCACUCAUUAAAAAAGAACUGGUUCCAGUUACUCAGUUACUCAAAAUGUCUAGACAGCAAUGAUAAUAUUUACAUUGAAAGCAUUAUUAUUCAUGCUAAGAACAAAGAUCUCUGAAAAUUUUAACAAAAAAGUCGGGACAGUCUUUGCACAUUUUAAGCUGGUCAUGAAUGGAUGUGGAGUAAUUGUUAUUUUGAAGUAAAUGUUUUUUUAUAGUUGAAAAUUUAAUAAAUGACUUAAUGUGAGCUAUAUUGGUUCAUUUUAUCAUGAAUUUAGAAAUCAUAUUUAUCAUGUAGUUUUUUUCAAUUUUGAGUUUCGAUGUGUUAUACAAGUAUAUUUGUAUAUUUUUUUUUAUAAACUGGGAUAAUUCUGUGGUUGUUUCUGAUUGGUAAACAAAAAAUGUCUUUAGACUUGAGUCAAGCUUACUUAUUAUUGAUUAUGUUCAGUGACAAACCAUGUCUUGAAACAUGGUUUAGAAUGAAAAGUUAUGAAUUUUACCAAAGUUAAACAGAUUUAUAUAGAAGUUUAAAAAAAAAAAAGACUGCCCUUAUAUUAACUUCGUAUGUGUUAUGUUGUGAAAAAGCAAAUCAAGAGUUUGGGUUUUAUUAAUUUAUGAUUAAUUAGGUAAUGAAUUUGAAAAUAAUUAUUUUUGCGUAAUUCAUGUAAAACAUCAUGUAAGACAUGAACUAAAGAGGAGUAAGUCCUAGAAUUUUUUUUUUUUUUUUAAGUCAGAAUUUUUUAGCUUAAGGUCAUUUCAACUUAAAAAAGUAUAAAUUGUCUGUUUGAUACAGUGGUAGGUUUGUCUGUAUUAUUAACAAUUUAAAUCUUGUUUCCAUCAAAAUUUUCAAAAGUGCAAGGUUAAAAUAAUGGUAGGUAACAGCCAUAGGAAUUUAUCAUCAGUUUAUUUCCAAUACCAAUUGUUUUUCAUUUCUAAUUAUUUUAGCAGAUGCCUUUCAUGCUAUCAUGUUAAGUUUACAAUAUUUUUGCUGAAUGGGGAAACAUUAUGGCUAAUAGAUUUUUUUUUCAUGCAAUUUAGGCCAUAGAAUUUAAGACACGCAUACCAUGAAAGACCGUGUGAUGUAGGGGAAAAAUGCUGUUUGAAAGCUUUUUUUUUAGUGAAUUUUAAAAAGGAAUCUAAUUGUUAUAUCAACAAAUUAGUAGAAUAUAUCAAAUCAUGUUGAUAUCAAACAUUUUAGAUACUCCUAGCUAUUUUAAAAACUAAAAACACAAACAUGAAUAAAUAAAGAUUGCUAUAUCAUUGAUGUAAUACCCCACAUUUCCUUUUAUUUAUUUUCAAUUGUCUUGGUAGAAUAGAUUAUCAAGAUCCCAAUAUUUUUUUUAUCAAACCAUGAAAAUUUGUAUCAGCAAAAAUAAAGUCAUACUUAUACACUUAACUUCAUUGAAAUGAACAAAAUUCUUGUCAUAUGAAAUUUCAUGCUUUUUCCUGUAGAAUCUCUGCUUUUUGUGCUUGCAUACCAUUUGUUUUGCUGUCACUGUGUAGAAGAUUGUGUAAUGUACAUUUGUUCCAGGAGAAAAGACUCUUUAUUUAGGCUUCAGAGUCUAUGGAUUUAGUAGGUUAUAAAUAUGUUGUAAAACAUUAUUCCCUCCAUGAAAUUAUAUUAGUUGUGGCCAUCUGGAUAAAUGAUAUUGUUAUUUCCAUCAAUAUUACGGAAAGCAAUGUAUAAGAAGCUUUGUUAAAAUAAUUUUGAUUACAGUAAAAAAAAUUUUUUUAAGAUAUUAAAGUAUUUCUCUCUGAUAAAUUUUGCAAGUGUGACCCAAUAGAACUGGUUUCUGUUUUACCAGAAAACCUGUAGAAACAGGAAACCAGUAGAGAACUUGUACAAAAAUGAUUUUUUCUCUCCAAAAUUGAUCAAUGUAGUGAAAGUAAAUCAACAUGUACAACAAUAGUUUAUAUAAACUGUAUAAAGCAAUAAUACUUUAUGUCUGUUAUUUUAUGAUAGAAGUAUGAAUAUAAGCUUCCAGAUGUAUUUAAUUCUUAAAAAAUACCUCCUACUCGUUUUGCCAUGUUGAAUGUUUUGUAUCAAAUUGGUGAGAAUUCCUUAUUUUUGUUAAGUCUUGUUUUUAAUGUCAUGUUGCCUAUUGUUAAGAUUUUGUUACAAUGAUACAUAUUUUGGUGAGAGUAGCCAAUAGUGAUUAGGUCAUGUUGUUGCGAUUUAAUAUUGAUAAUUAUGUGAUUCAUGCUGGACCAUUUUCUGAUUUCAAUACAGAAGUACAAAACUUACAAUGAUUUUUAAACAAUCAAAGAUUUGCAUACUAUAAAUUCGGAAUAAAUAUAUGCUGAUUUAUAAAUAAAAAGUGUUUAAAGUUGACUUAACCUAAAAAUAUAUUAAAAACUAUUAUUAUUGAUAAGAAAAAACAGCACAUUGAUAGAUGAAUUUUCAGUAUUCAUGUUGAUUUUUUAAGAAAUGUAUAUUAUUCCUUGACAUCAUUUGAAAUUAGAAUGUAUCAAUAUAGAUGUUUGAGAUUAGUUUCUACCCAUUUUCCAAAACUGAAGGAUUCUACAAAAAUAUUGAGAAGUCACCAAGAAUUUGUUGAUUUUCUAAAUUAUUUGACAUGAAUGAAUAUAACUGCAGACUUUAGAUUUAUUAGGCAAAUAUAAAAUGGGGACUUAGUUUUAUUGAAAUAUUUGGAAAACCUAGAUUACUUGAGCAAUUGUGAACACUUUUUAAUUGUUGCUGUGAUGGGGCAUUUCACAAAAACCAUUGUUCCUUACAUCCUCGUCCUGUGAUCUCCAGCUAGAAGAGAGUUGUCUUAUUUGCAAUCACACCACAUCUUAUUUUUAUAUAAAACACAGCCUUUAUACAAUACCUAUUGGUUAGCUACAGGAAUUAUUGAAUUUAUGAGCUUUGAUCUUAGCCUUUUAAAUUAUUUUAUUGAUAUCAGAUUAUGGAUCCAGCAAUAUUUUAUUUAAGAUUUGUAUAUAUCUAAUAUAAACAUUUCCAUCAGAUAAUACAGGUGUCUGUGAAAUAUAGAAAUGUAGAGUGAUUGGUUUUAGUCUUAUAUCUUUAUUGAUAUUAUGUAUAUUUAUUCUAUGGAAGAAAAAUAUGAAAAAGAAAUAAAAAGACAAAAAUCUG